ACUGUGCAAAUGCGCAGUGAGAGCCGCUGUCUCCGUCCACAUUGGUUCAUUGUUUUGGGCGCUUAACCUGCGGGCCGGUGCACCGCUGUGAAAAGCAUGAAUAUUGGGAUCCAGGAGUUCAGAGGACGAGCGAAAGGAAGGUGCGCACCAAGGACACCGAGGAGCUGAACCGCAGGGCCAUUGAUAGGGAACCAUGUGCAGCUCCCUGAGCCCGAAGCAGCCCAGUGGCCCCGGCCUGACAGACAUGCAGCAGUACAACCAGUGGCUUGCCAGUCGGCAUGAAGCCAGCCUGUUGCCCAUGAAGGAAGACCUGGCCCUGUGGCUCACGAAUAUUCUCGGCCUGGAAAUCACAGCUGAGAGCUUCAUGGAUCGCUUAGACAAUGGCUUCCUGUUGUGCCAGCUGGCUGAGACACUACAGGAGAAGUUCAGGCAGAGCAGUGGAGACCUGCCUGCCCUUGGCAACAGCAAGCAGGCUAUUCCUUAUCGGAGGAUACCGUGCCGGCAAAGCGCUCCCUCUGGCUCUUUUUUCGCCCGAGACAACACAGCGAACUUCCUGGCCUGGUGUCGUGAGGUCGGGGUCGGAGACACCUGUUUGUUUGAGUCAGAGGGCUUAGUUCUUCACAAGCAGCCUCGGGAAGUGUGCCUCUGUCUUUUAGAGUUGGGAAGGAUAGCAUCUCGGUACAAAGUGGAGCCGCCAGGGCUUAUAAAAUUGGAGAAAGAGAUUGAGCAGGAAGAGAAAGCACCUCUACCUCCCCCAUCACCUGUUUCUCCAGCCCCACCCCUCUCUCCAUCCCCAUCCCCAUCCUCGUCUCCUUCCCCAUCCCCCUCUCCCACCAAAUGCAUAUCUAGCAAGAAGAGCACAGGGAAGCUGCUAGAUGAUGCUGUUAGACAUAUUGCUGACGAUCCUCCCUGCAGGUGUCCAAAUAAAUUCUGUGUAGAAAGGCAAUCACAGGGUCGAUACCGUGUUGGGGAGAAGAUGCUCUUCAUCCGGAUGCUGCACAACAAGCAUGUGAUGGUGCGCGUUGGUGGAGGUUGGGAGACGUUUGAGAGCUACUUGCUGAAACAUGACCCGUGCCGCAUGCUCCAAAUCUCCCGAGUGGAAGGCAAGACGUCCCCUGUCAGCAGCAAGUCGCCCAACAUUAAGGACCUCACGCCUGACAGCUACCUGGUGGUGGCGGCUCACUACCGCAGCAAAAAGUGAAGACUCAUAAAUGUGCAUAUAAAAGAAUGGAGAGGAUUAUUUCUCGCUGUUGUUUCCUCUAAUGUCUGUUCAUAUACACCAAAUGGCUGCAGACACAACAGCAUCCAUGGAAGUUAAGCACACUUUUGUAAUGGUGACGCUUUAGCCUGCAUUUUCAGUCCAAGAGAAUUCAUGCAAAAGGGUGUUUGUGAUCAUAUUAAGCCUUGGAUGAAUACUGAUAGGCCCUUAAUUUUAUAUAGUGUAGCAGAACUGUCGAAUAAAAAAGCUUUGACAGCUGUGUUAAUCGUCAGUGAUGUAAUAAGUUAACUGGGUGUGAAGGUGUGAAGUUGUACAUUUCCUUUAGGUAAUUGUUCCAUCCACUAACUGUAUUUAAGGCAAUAUUUCAUUUUGGUAGAACAUUUUACCUUUUGGCAAACAUGCCUCCAGAGACAUUCAAGAACAGGUAGCAGCGAUAAGGAUGUACUCACUAAGGCAUGAUAUUAGCUAUGCGUUGUUAAUUGAGAUAAAAGUGGAAUUGCUUUUGCUGCAUUUGUGUGUGUUUAUAGUAAAACUAGCUCUUCCACAUUAAAGUAUGCAAGUGGUAGUGAUUUCAGGUCACUUGAGAACCCAGCAGUCGUGAACUAUUUAUGGAUUCCUAAAUGUGUGUGUGCUAAAAGUGAAAAUGUACCAAAAUGAUAUAUAACUUCACUAUUAUUGCAUAUGCCAUUUUGUGGAUGCUGUUAUCCAAAAUGCCUUACAGUACCAUGAGUUUUGUCUUGGUGACUCCAGUGAAAGUAUCAACAAUCAGCAUUCGUCAUUGGAAACCUUAUCACCUAAAGAAAUGUAUCAAACGAAAGCUUUAUGGUCAGUCCCUCUUUAUGGCCCAAACCUCUGUUGAAACACAGGGCGGCCUCUGUAUUUUUGUACGUAGCUACACACUACUAUCUCCCCUCUGGAGUCCAACGCUGGUUAUGAGUCAGUGCAGUUUUACAAGAUAUUUCUUAGUAGGCUAAUGAGAACAGUAGCAAUGCUUGAACUGUUUACAUAUUGAAUAAUAACUAUUCUAUGCAAUGCAUUUUUGUACUAUCAACAUUUUUAUUGAUGAUUAAUUAUGAAGGAUAACUCUUGUUUUGUGUUAUUUCUGUUGAAAAAGAAGUGAACCUGUACAUGCGCAGUUAAGGUUGAAGAAUAUUGAUUUAUGAUUGAUCAUGGAUCCUGGGGCCUGUAUGCUUCUGCAGAUUCAUUUGUUGUACAUUACUGCCCUCUAGAGGUAAAAAUAAUGAACUUUGUCCAUGGAAAUUUUACAUCUAAGUCCAAAGUUUGGACUUAGAUGUAAAAUGUGAUCAAUGUGAUCAAUGACUAUGAUAAGAAAGUACCUCAUGGGUUAGUAUGUACUUUGAAUAGAUCAUUUUUUUUUUGUUUGUUUGUUUUAUUAUUAUUUCUUGAUCUAAAAUUAUUUCAAUAAAUUCUCAAAUCCAACAUCCUCUCAA